AAAUAAAGUGUUACCGAAACCUUUUUAUAAAUGUCACAUUCUACCCCCUGACCUCCCUCUAUUCUUUCUCAGACGACCUUUUUAGAUCAUUUCUUGCCUUUAUAUUGACAGGACAGCUGAAGAGAGACUGAACAUGUGGUGGGUAGAGAGUGGGGGAUGACAUGUAGGGAAGGGUCAUGACUGGGAUAUGAACCAGUGACCACUACCCCUAAGAGUGCCGCCUCUGUAUAUAAGCUUUCCUUGAAGCAUAACUUCCACUACCAAUAAGCGAUAAAUUAAAACUUGUGACAAGCUGACUGUUAGGCCCACAUCUUCUCCCCUGAGGAUGAACCCCUCUGAAUAAGCUAACUCCACAACCUAUUUCCAUGUCGUAGUCACACAUUUGUGUCGCCGGUUGUACUAUGGCCUGAAUGAGUCAUUUCAGCCACUACUGUAGGCGGCCUUCACUUUCAGCCAUGUUUUAUUUAUCUUAUGAAUCACUAUUAAGCCUCCUCUUGCUCUCCAUCACUGUCAACAACUGAGAGUGUCCCAACUUUCCCAGACUGAUCUCACCUGUCCCUACUCAGUGAUGUCAGCACGGCUAACUCGCCUGAUGAUGUCACCGUGUAAUUUCUGUCUAGCUGAGUAACACACUGUCACUGCCCUGUGCAUGUGAGUGCUUUUAGAUGCAGAGUGUCUGUGGAAGUCAGCCUUGUUGCUGGCUGAUUCAUUAUGUCUGACAUGCUAUAGGCUGGAGCUGUAUAUCCCUAUGUAAGUGUGUGUGUGUGUGUGUGUGUGUGUGUGUGUGUGUGUGUGUGUGUGUGUGUGUGUGUGUGUGUGUGUGUGUGUGUGUGUGUGUGUGUGUAGUGUAUGGAAAGCUUUAUUUAGCCACAGUUAUCCAGGAAGGAGGAAUGCCCUGAAUGCCAGUGACCAUAUUUGAACAGUGUGUCUGCUAAAGGGAGUCUGCACACACCGACUACAAACUGUACCUCACACACACUCCAACACUCACCUCCCCUUCAUCUUCAUGCUGUGUGCUUAUACAUGUGUGUGUCUGUGUGUGAGUUUUGGUGCUGUAGUUACACUAGAUCGCCACUAUCAGGCAAUGUUAUACCUCUCUUUUAGUGACAGGGGGGCUUUGACUUUUUUUUUUUUUUCUGACUCAUUGGGAGCCAAACUUCUCUCUCUCUUUCCAGCACUUUCUGGUUUCUUCUCCCCGACAAUCUGUUCUGCUGACUGACAACAUCCACUCCAACCUUGUGGAGUAAAACUUCUCCGCCUCUGCUUAUUUCCUUUCCUUCUCUUGCUCUUAGCUGGUCUGGGAGACUUUUUUUUUUAUUCCAAGAGGGGGGAAACAGUCGGUGGGUGAAGCCUGCAACUUUUGGGGUUGUUGAGUGAGUGUGUGCGUGUGUGUGAGUGUGAGCGUGUGUGUGUGUAUGUGUGUGUGUGGGUGAAUGUGUGUAUGUUGGAGUUAGUCAGUAUGCCAUGUCGUCCCCUGGCUCGUCGUUUGUGCAGAUAAAGCAUGAGGACCUGCUCUACUAUGAGAACUGUGGAGGAGGGAGUUUUGGGAGCGUCUACAGAGCCCUCUGGAUUUCCCAGGACAAGGAGGUGGCUGUGAAGAAGCUUCUUAAGAUUGACAAAGAGGUAAGAAGGACAAACAUACACGAGGACAAACACACUGACUGACCAUACACUUCUGCAGCACAAUGCUUUAAGAUCCCUAUUGUUAACUUUUCAGGGUUUCCAUGAACCCAUCUGAACCCAUCCUCUGAAAUUCAACAUGAAUCAGUUUCCCUUAAUUUUCAUGAUCACUUUGGACUCAUACUCCCAUAACCCCCUCUGUCCCUCCCUGCCUCCCCCCUCCUCCUCCUCUGUUGUCUGCCGUUGGAUUUGUGUUUAUCUUAAACAUACUUCUCCUCGCCCCUCUCCUCCUCCUCCCCCCUCUCUUUGUGGAUGGAGCAGAGAUUUAUUUAUGCCAGCACUCCCCUGUUCCUCCCAUUGUGCUCCAGGUCGAGGUGUGUGGUCACUCAGGGCGUCUUGCACUUCAGAUCAGACCGAGUGGGUCUCCAUGGGUAUGGCCCUGGUGGUCCCUCUUAGCAUCAUUUCCUUCCAAGUUACUGGAAAGAGACAAUGUGAAGUUGGAGUAACCUGUGGGUGAGAUGGGGAUAAUGUUAUUGCGAUGCAAACAGAGUCAAACAAUCUAAUGGGAAGUGUUGACAUGAUUUCUUUCACACUCUCUUUCUCAAACAAACACAAAGCCCAUGUGGGGAGGGCACACGCACACACACAGACGCACACAUCAAGUGUGUACAGUUCAAAUGUAAACACAAAAUUGAUGGAUUAUAGAAGAAGUGCAGCUCACAUCCUGACCAGACUUACAGGCGACUCAUUUUGAAACUCUAAGUUGGAAGCUAUCACAAUUGAUCUGAUUCUUUGUAGAAAAGACCACUGGACCAGCUUGAGGUUCUUGGUUCACAGCUUGGUCACCUGAGCGUCAUUAGCCUGAACUAACUUUCAGGUGACCACCAGGCCCAUUCACAGCUGGAUGGCCAACGAGGGCUAUACAUUUCCAACUUUGGCCGAAGUCCCAUUAGAACUGAAGAAGCUUUUUGAAAGAGAGGCAAAACAUCUUCAAGAACUUCGAGCAAGUCAAUGAAGAGUUGGAUAACCAUGACCUGGAUGAAUGAGAACCUACACUGACAUCUCUUAUCUCUUUUACCUCUAUCUUAUUUCAGCUUUACUUUCUUUUUGUCUUUUGUUAUACUUAGAGUCUUUUCUUAAUUAACCUUUUAGGGGCUUUUAUUGUUUUGUCUCUUGCUUAGUUGUUCUAUUUUAUCAUUACUUUUAUCAUCAUUAUUACUUUAUUUUUUCAUUAUCAUUAUUAUUUUUGUCUUUUAUAUUUACUUCACUGUUUUCUGCUUUAACCCUCCCUUUCAGAGCAUUUUCUUUUUCUUACCUAUUUCAUUUUUCAUUUCGGUCCUCGUGGUCUCAUUUUAUGUUGUAUGGCUUUGGUACGGAUGGGGUUCCUUGGGACAAAUAAAAAUGACCCUCAGUUCCACUUUAACUGAGCUUUUUGUUUUUAUUUGUCUUUAUUUCCAUGUGCUUUUUGACUUUUUGUCAAAGCACUUUGUAAACUUCUGUUUUUAAAAGUGCUAUAAAAAUAAAGUUAUUAUUAUUAUUAUUAUUAUUAUUAUUAUUAUUAUUAUUAUUAUUAUUAUUAUUGUUAAUAAUAAUAAUAAUAAUAAUAAUAAUAAUAAUAAUAAUAAUAAUAAUAAUAAUAAUAAUAAUGUUAUUUUUAUUAUUGAUAUUAAUAUUGUGUUACAUUUGAUGCACUUAAAAUUCAACUUGCAGCUGCUUUUGCUAAAAUGGGCCAAAAAUUGAAUACCCCAUUUCUGAGGGUAUGAGUUGGGAAGUAAAUAUUUUAGUGGAGUUAAAAAAAUAAAUAACAGCAUGUAAUGAGAAACUCAAUUAAAAACAACAUCUUAGAAAUCAAACAAACAUCUGUUUCGACCACAACACUAACAAUCUACACACACCACCUCACCAAUGCUUGUGCACACUGAAAACCGAACCAAGCAUAAAGUUAAUCUAUUCUGUAUUUACAUUGUAGUGUUUUUGUUGUAGUUUCAUAAUUUAUGGCGGGGUAUUGUGUUGCCUGGCAACAGUUGCAUAUUCCACACACACAGAGGGUAUGACCUGUAUGUCAGCUCUGAUUAAUGGCAUGUUUGUCACUGCCGUGUGGAGUGUCUUUAUUCUGAGAGUCAACCUGAGGUAUGAGAGAGGGUCAGUCUUUAGUUCAGGGAAACACCAUCAGAGAAAACUUUAAACCGGAACACAAGCAAAAGCUCCGGAUAAUGAGGUUUAUGUAGAGUGGAUGAGUAAUGAUUUCAAAUCUAUUUCCUGAAAAGUCUUGCUAUCUUGCGAGUUUCAGAUAUUAGAAAACUAAGAGGGGAUGGGAAUAAAUUUGUUCUUUUGCCUCAGUUUGACUUUUUCUCUCUCUCUUCUCUCCAUGCAGGCUGAGAUUCUUAGUGUCCUGAGUCAUAAGAACAUCAUUCAGUUUUAUGGAGCCGUGCUGGAAUCUCCCAACUAUGGCAUUGUCACAGGUCAGACACCAUGAGUGCGUGUGUGUGUCUGUGAGAAUCACUUAUACUUUUAGAAGUCUUCACAGUAACAAAAACCUGAACAUUUACAUUUAUAUCUUUAUCUUCUCUUUGUGUUAUGUUUUCCACAGCCCUGUAUGAAUCCAGGAGUUUAUUAUUGUCUUUUUUUAUAUGCAUCUAUAAAACUAUAAGCAGCUCUAUACGAACAUGAGUUUUAUUAGUGUGUAUUUGAUCCUAGACGUGCCACUUAAGGACACAUUAGCACAUGCUCCAGUGGCUGGUUGGUGUUUAUGUGUGUGUUUUUGAAGAGUCUGUGUCUACUCUGGGUGCCGGUUCUAGCCGUGUUUCCUGGCAGGACAUUUGAAACUGAGACCAGCAUAUUUGGAUGUAGGUGUAAUCCUGGAUGGGGUCGUAUAGUUAGGAUGAAGUGAAACACACGACAUUAGGACAGUGCAGCAAUGAUUCAUGUUACAGAUGUGUCGAGUGAUUACUCGAAAUAAAGAAGUACAGUAGGAAAACCGGCGAAACGUUUCAAAAGCUGCAUGCUGGUCUAGGUUAAAGAACAUUUUGAAGCUCAUUUGCUUCAGUAUUAUUAUUCCCUGUGUCUUUCUUGUCUCGUUGAGCUGUUAGUUCUAAAAGGAAAAAGGGAAAGGUUAAAGGUCAGAGAUAAUCUGGAUUAGAUGGUCAGGGUGUAAAGGUUGUUAGUGUUUCCACUAAGUGCAGGUCUGUGUUGUGGGUCAGGCUUAACUGUUCCAGCUAACUCUAACAUUAAUGAGCUAGAGCUGCACUAUAAAGUCUGAUAUGAGCUCUUCAAUGUUGUGUUUAAGGAUUAUUAAUGUCAACAUGUGUAUCUGUCUUAAGUAGAAUUAACUCACAGAACUGUACGAUUGACCUCUCUCCUGUGCUGACCGUGUGUUAUUACAGAGUAUGCUAGCGGAGGGUCUCUGUACGAGUACCUGUCCAGUGAGCAGAGUGAGGAGAUGGACAUGGAGCAGAUCAUGACGUGGGCCAUACAGAUAGCCAAAGGUACAUCUGGAAAAAUGAGAUUUAAAAAAAUGUCUUGGUUGAAUGACCAAACCAAAGAUGAUAAGAACCAGUGGUAGAGGGCUUGAUUUGAUAUGAUUCCUUCACUUAAGUUUUUUGGCAGUAAUCACUACCCUUCAGAUAAACUUCAUCAUGUUUCUACCAUUCCACCAAAUGCAGCUGUGGAAAUAAAGUCAAAUAUUGCACAAGAUCUACAAGGAUCACACAGAAGAAAGUGGUAAUAACCACAGAUGAUGAUAUAAACAAGAGGUUUUACUUUACGUCCAUUUCAUUGUAUCAUUGGCUAUUGAUCAGUGUAUCUAUCUAUCCUGAUUGGUCAAUGGUUUCUGAAUCAACAUAGUCAACCUUGCAUCAAAAAUCAGAGGUGACCACUUUAUUUCUGACUCACUUUGCUGGGGAUGGUUGUGUUUUUAGUUCACCCUUUAUAUAGAGGAUUUCUCAUUCAACACAAACUGAGCUUAAAACAAAAUCAUUCACACUGAAAUCACUCAAAACAAGCCAGAAUGGACAUGAGAAAGUUCCUUAUCAUGCCAGUGAUUGACGUCUCUCUGCAUCUCCUCAGGGAUGCAUUAUCUUCAUGCUGAAGCUCCAGUGAAAGUCAUUCACAGAGACCUCAAGUCACGAAAUGGUAACUCGCAAAAGACAAUUAUUUGUUUAUUGAACCCUAGGUAUAUCUAUUAUCAGUUAUCAUAUUAGCAUAUAAAGGUUUGUGUUAUGAACCUCUGACCUGUUUCUCCACCUCUCUGUUGCAGUGGUGAUGACAGCAGACAAAGUGCUGAAGGUUUGUAGAUUUGUUCUCGCACAGGGAAUCACACAUAAAUCUUUUUUUUAAUCAAUGGAGGCUCAGAGGUAAUUUUGUAUUUCCUUCUCUCUGUUGGGAUUUCAGAUUUGUGACUUUGGAGCAUCUAAAUUCCUGUCUCACACCACCCAUAUGACGGUGGUGGGCACCUUUCCCUGGAUGGCGCCUGAAGUCAUUCAGAGUCUGCCUGUGUCUGAGACUUGUGACACUUACUCCUAUGGUGUGGUGAGGAAUAAAAGUGCUCGACAAAUAUCAGCGUUAUAUAAGAUUUAUUAAUGGAUCAGCUCCAACAGCUGGGAGUAAAUGCUGCUCAGAGUUGUUGUUGUUGUUACUGUUGUUUGAUACACUUAUCGCUCUACCAGACAAACCCUCAGAACAAUUUAGUAAUCAUUAGAGGUUUUUAUUUGAGAAGAAUUGUUGGGAGGCAUCUGAAACAAGCACAGUGUAUGGAGUUUGAAAUUUUCUGGAUUUGGGAAGCAGCUUUUCAAAUCCAGAAUCAGGUAACCCUUUUGUCCUAAUUUUUAAAAGCUUUGAUGAGGAACUUUUGGUUUUUGAGUCUUUGCCUUGUCUUUUACUAAAUUGGCUAGUGUCUUUUGUUGAAUCUUCUGACAAAACAGUCUAAUAUAAACAUUUUGAAGUGGAAAUUCUAAUAACAGGGCUGUGUCUUCAGCCGCUCCACUGACACCUACCUCCUUCAUGCCAGUUUUGAGGCAUCAAAAAUGCAAGUUCUAAAAUUCUCAAUCUUGUCCUAAAUGGUCCUUUUCGAUUUUGUGAAUCAUGAAAAGUCACCAGUAUGAAUUCCAGCCUAUUUUAUUAACAUAAAAAAACUCCUUACUGGAGCUUUAAAGAACACAAAUGGACUGUUAGUUUUACAGAAUCUGGAUUAGCUGAGCUGUCAAUGGAUCAGAAUAUUUUGUCCACAGGAGUUGCAAAUAUACACACUCCAAAAAUUCUUCACAGUUACUUUUAUUUAAAUACUUUGUUUUAUAUUGAUGCUAUUUGGUGAAUUAUUUACGGGGUCUUUAUUGUUUUGCAGUCCUAAUGUCUACUUUGGAUAAACUGUCACAGUAGCACUUUAGCAAUUGAAGUUCAAAAUAUUGAAAAAUAUAUAAGCUACUUUUUAAGAUUAGUUUUAUUUGAGCUACUUCAAAACAGUGUUACAGUUUGUUCUUGUAAUCUAUUUUUAAUCCAACCCUCUGCGAGGAUCAGGAUAAUCCUCAAUUUUUGGAUCACUGUUUUUCAAAUCCAAUUUAAAAGUUUUCAACAACACAAAUGAGAACAAAACUUGGUUAUAAAGCCAUUUCACAUUUUCCAUUUGUGUCUUUGAAAAUCUAAUUUGAAAAGAUUUGAUUCAAUCCUAAAAUUGUAAUCAGAUUGCUUUUUUAACUAGGCCCUCAUAUUUUAUCCUCACAGAAAUGUUAUUUUCACCAAAGUUAUCAGUAACUUCUCUUAAAAAAAAAAAAAAAAAAAGUAUUGCAAAAGUACCAACACCAGUAUAAAUUAACCUUAAACAGUCCUUUACCCUGUAUUUAGUGAUAGAUCAGACAUUUUGAUGCUCUUCUUUUUAGGUGACCUACUACAUAAACCCAAUGUAAAUCAUAUGAAACAGCUACCAGAGCGUCACAGAAAUGUUAUUUUGUCUGAAUGAACUAACUCACUCUGUUCUGUUUGCAGGUGCUGUGGGAGAUGCUGACUCGGGAGGUUCCUUUUAAAGGAUUUGAAGGGCUGCAGGUUGCAUGGCUGGUGGUGGAAAAACAAGAGGUAACUACACCCCUGAAAGACACAAACAUGCGCACACUUUUGCAAACAACACUGUCAGCAUGUAGACGCACCAGGGUCUGAGAAAGCUGGAGGAACAAUGUGAUGCUCUCAUGGUUUCCACUGCGAGCUGGUGAGGCUGAGGCUGGAUAUUUUUAGGCCUGAUGUCAGUUCUCUGCUCUUGUAAGGCCUGGAUACACAGCAGUGGAGCCGGGCCAGACUCCCCCUUGGCUAAAGCCUUUACGAGAGAAAGAGAGAGAGAGAGGAGAAAAAAGGAAAGAUUUCAGUGAUAGGACGGUUGAUUCAAGAGCUUUAAGGGAGAAGGGGGGUGACGUUUACACGGUGUAUGUGUCUCGCUUAUCGACAUGCUUGAAUCCCUUCAACAGCCUCAUAUAAAAAACACACGCGCUCACACGGGGGGCCAACAAACAACUCCGAGAAUAUGAUUCCUGCGUAGCUCUUGGCUAAUCUCCAAAUACUCUCCCUAAAUAACUUGCUCUCUCUCUUUCCCAGUCUCCCUCUGAUUUUUCCCCUCCAUUGCUAUACCUCUCUUCCUGACCCUCUAACAUGCCCUCUCAGUUCAGAGUUGGUGAUAUUUUAAGAUUAAUCCCUGGAGGAAAGUGUUUCCACUUAGUAUGGUAUUCUGAGUAGCUGUCUGGGCUCAUUUAGAUCUUUGGUGACUCUGAGAGAUUUUAAAAGAAGGAAUAUUAUAUUGGUGUAGUUUUACUUUACUGUUUACAUAUUAUACAAAAAUGACCAUGGCUUCUAAAUGUACAUGUUUUUAAUGUGCACUGGUCAUUGCAUAUUUGGUUUGCAGUUAAAGAAAUGAUCACUUUAAAUGCAUUAUGAAAACACAGCAUGUACCUUUGCGUAUAUUUUCUUCCUCAGUGUGCUCGGUUCACUUGUUUUCGUGUCACAGUCAGUGAGGCAACAGCUGUGCGGCUGUUUGCUCGCGUCUCCGGGUCUGCCAAUCAAAUCUAAUGAAACAGAAACACAGUCCUGAAGAAGCACUUUUGCUCCUGCAGCUUUUGUCCUCUUUGGAGAAGUGCCAUGACAUUGGUUUCCAUCAGGAUAACUUGUGAAUUAAAACUUCAGUGAUUCUUCAACUUUUUGAAUUAAGUAACAUGUCCGAUAUUUGUCACAUUACCUCUUUUCCUAAGAGCUACUGAUAGUGUUCAAAUGAUGUCUAUUGUUUACCUGCUAAACAACAGCAUUUAAGCUCUGUUAUUGUUGUACACAAACAUGAAUCUGACCCUAAAAUUCACUUUAUCCAAUCUCUCUACUGCGCAAUAUGCAGCCUUGAGAGCUGGCAACUUGGUUAUAGCAUCACUAUAAAACCAUAGUUUGUUUUCAUCUCCAGAAAAAUCAAUCAAUCAAUCAAAUUGUAUUUAUGUAGCGCCAAAUCACAACAGUCGAUAUCCCAAGACACUUCCCCAAAGAAAAAGAGCAAGUCUAGACUACGCUCAUUGUUUGAUGAAUUACCAAGACCCAACCUUAAGAUGGGACAGAUUUGACCCAUUUCAUCUAACAUGAACGACAGUGGUAAGGAAAAGCUUCCUGUUUACAGGCAGAAACCACGGGGAGGACCAGACUCAUGUUUUAGAGCCACCUCGCCGCACACAUUUCCCUUAGUGUGUACUCUGUAUAGAUUUUGUGGCGUAAUAAUCGCAGUUAUGAAAGGCUGUAGAGAACCUUGUACGGGAGGUUAUUGCCUUUAUUUGAUUGGACAGUUUAGGGCAAAGGGUAGGUGAUGAUGUACAAUAAACAUUCAGUGACUGAGAAUUACUCCUGUAUGCGACCAGAAAGGUGAGGACUGUGGUCUCACCUUUGGAGUGGUAGACCAAGAACUUACUGUAUUAGCUUAAUAAAACUUCCACCCCGGGGCCUCAAACUCCUGACCUCUGAGGAGAAAAAUGUAAAUACUGUUGGAGAAAUGGUUGUCUUGGUUGCAAUACAGUACAUGACGAGCUCAUUGGAGGCAUGCGUCUCGACUGCUGGGCCAAAUUAGCACCUCACAGGGAAUUUUUUUUAUCACAUUGUAAAAUUAUUUGUUUUUAAAUGUUAUUUGAGACUUUUCAAUGAUUGUUAGUGAGCUAAAUCAUCCUUUAAUGUCGGGAUUGUAUGAUUUAUGUUGAAAGUAAAGGCUUCCACCUCUUCUGUCUUUGUGUGUCUCUGUAUCUAGAGGCUGACCAUCCCCUCCAGCUGUCCGGCAAGUUUUGCAGAACUCAUGAAGAAAUGUUGGCAAGCAGAUGCAAAGGUGAGCCAAAUGAAAACAAAGAGGAUUAUAUCCUCAAAAGUCUACCUUUGUGUCACCCCUAAUCUACACUAAUAAAAACUAAAAGAAAAAAAAAAGGGGUUUGUAAUGUUUAUAUAACUCUGUGUGCAUGCAUGUACCCACAGGAGCGUCCACACUUCAAACAGGUGCUAGUAACCCUGGAGACCAUGUCCCACGACAGCCGGCUACCGGACCAGUGUAACUCCUUCCUACAUAACAAGGACCAGUGGAGGUACAAACACACACACACAACUACACAAGCACACAACUACACAAGCACACACACGCAUUUAUGAAGACAUCUUUAAGAAAGCACUAGGUGUGUACAGCACAGUCCUGGAUGACAAAUGCAGUCUGUGGCUUACUGCAGUCCAAAUAAAACUCAAUAUGCAUACACAAAAUUCAACAUAGCUAUGCACGUGCCAGCAUGCACACACACACACACACACACACACACACACACACACACACACACACACACACACACACACACAAGCUUACAAACACAGCUCUGCAGACACUUAGGCUUGGGAGAGAAGUUGAAUGUGUGACCCUGUGCUCUACUUCAGUCUAUAAUAAGCUCUCUGGACAGAGUCCAUGGAAGAGAUUCCUUCACUCCUCCUCUUUACCCUCGCCCCACAGCAGGGAGAGCGACAGAGGGGUGGGGGUGGGGGUUGGGGGGGGAGGAAGAGGACAAGUACAGUUCCAGCCGAAGAAGGGGAGAAGCUUAGGAAAAAGUUUUGUGUGCAUGUGAAAUGUAAAACUCAGAGAAAGAGAGAUCAUAAAGAUUAGUGAGAAGAAAAAGAGACGGGUGAUGGGAGAGAGAGAAAGAGAGGUUGGAGGACUGAGAAGAGGAGAGAAGGUGUGAGAUUCUGUGCAUAUUUGACAGGAGUACAACGAGGCAAUCAAUUCUGAGCGAAGUUUUGGGUUCGGGUGGAAAAACUUGGGUAAGGGGAGGUGGCAAGGGGAGGAAGAGGGAGGGAGGUGAAGGGGGGAGAUGAAUGAGUAUGUAGGUAUGGAAGGAACACAGGAGGUGGUAUGGAUGUGCGUCAGAUCUGUCUAUAUUUAGCCGCCUUGAGUGUUGAUUGUGUUGUGAAUGCAGGUUCAUGGGCAGUCAAUAAUUCUAACAGUGACCUCUUGUGGUGAGAGUCGGUACUACAGCUCUGUGUUUCCACUCAACAAAUGAAACUUUUGUUGCUCUGCAAAAUAAACUUAACAAGUGCUGUCAUGUUGUCUGAUACAAAUGCUCAUUAUCUUUUUUUUCUUAUCAGUCAGAGCAAUCAGAGGAGCAGCUUUGAUAGAAGGCAAAUGACCUGAGUUUAAGUUACAAUAAAAAGUUUUACAAUAUGUAGUAAAUCUACAAAAGCAUUUUUUUGUGUUCUGAAAGUAACAUCUUUUUGGAUUAAAAAGUAAAACUGAAAUGUAUUACUGUGCUCUCGAUGUAUAGCAAUUCACCAAAAUGAAAAAUUAGUAGGUUUUCUCCAUGCUAGUGAAGGAUAUUUCCCAACAAAAUAACAAACAAAAGGGUUUUAAAUCUGGAAAACAAACAAACAAAGCAUUGGCUGACCCACAUCAAGAUAUACUUGCAAACUUUUAGUCUAGUACUAAAUGUAAAGGUAGUUUUAUUUUUUAAUUCAGAGUUAUCAGAGUACUUUAUCUAGGAAUUAUAAAAUGGAAAUUUUGAUGAUAAGAAAACAGUUUUUUUCUCUAUAUUGAUUUUGUGUGUAAUAAUUGGGUUAUUACAUAUUAUAUAAUGCUGGUAAAAUUUGUACUUGGGUUCCAGCUGCAAAUAUAAUAACAGAAACCUUCAACAAUCAGACCUCAGAUUUUCAAGAAUCAAAACUUAAAGUAGCCGUGAAGUUCAAACUAAAGCACAAGCACAGAGUCGUGUAACUGAGUCAGCGAUUUGUCUGGUAAACUCUGUGAGAUUCACAGUUACAAAAAAAGCCAAUUUCACAAAAUCACACCGGAUGACAGAUGCACUUUUAACGUUAAUGUUUCAUGUCGUAUUUUUACACCUUUCAGGUGUGAAAUUGAGUCGACCCUGGAGCGCCUGCGGAAGCUGGAGAGGGAACUUUACUCCAAGGAGAAAGAGCUGGAGGAGAGGGAGAGGAGACUCCGACUGUGGGAGGAGAGGCUGAUGGAAAGGUCGAACAUGUCACCCAGCCCGACCUCCCUUCUCAUGGAACGCUCAAACAUCUCACCAGUAAGUAGAAGUACGGGAAAAUCUGGAUCAGGUAGCUCAAAACAAACUCAUAUAACACCUCUCUUUGGUCUCUGCUCCUCAUCUUGAACCGUUUCAGUUCUUCACACCCAUGUCCAUCAGUUCCUCCGGCUCGUUCUUCCGCUCACACUCUCAGGACUCCAACAGUGCCGGGGUCAGCAGUGCUGGCGUCAGCUGUCUCAUCCGCACCCUCAGCAAUGGAGACACCGAGAGAGGGAGCAGCGCGGUGCUGGAGAGGGGGAUGGGUUCACUUGACGGCGGGAGGCUGCACGCCAUGAUCCGAGGGUUGCAGGGCAGGUUUCAAGAUGAGGAAGAUGAGGAAGAGGAAGAGGAGGAAGGAACCCUUGAGGAUAAAAGCUGGGGGCAGAGGGAGAGAGAUGACAGUGGAGGAAGGGUGCAGGUGACACUCAGGAGCUUCCCAGGUGGUGUAGUGGAGAGGGAGGAGAGAACAUGGGGGGAUGGGGACAGGGAGAGAGGAGGGAUGCAGAGGAGCAGGGUGACCACCAUAGUGCGAGGAUACUCCGGUGGGUUCGGAGAGGGGGAGGGAGAGAGGGAGAGAGAGAGAGAGGGAGGGUGGGAGAUAGAAAAACUUGGGGACAGGCUGGAUGAGGGAGGUAUAGAGGGUGGGAGGCUCCCCACCAUGUUCAAGGGUCUCCAUGACAGUUUGGGGGGCUUGGGGGACAUGAUGUCCUUAGAGAUUAAUGACAUGGGCGACAUGGAGAGGAUAGGUGACAUCGACAUAGACAUUGGGGACCUAGGAGUCAUGAAGGUGGUGGGUCAAGGUGUCAGGAGUGAGGUGGGGGUCAGGGGCCGUAGAAGCGACAUGGGAGUCAUGGUGCAGGGAGUCAGAGGUGACCUCAGUGAGGCCAUAGGCCAAAAGAUUAGAGGAGAAGUGGGGGUCAUGGGGCACUCAGGGGUGCAGGUGAGCAUGCGGUCUUCAUCCAAUCAAAACUCCUUGAAGAGCUGCAGCGUGCGACAUGGAACCAAGGUCAAUAUGGCGUCAGCAGCCAUGGACAUGAUGGAGCUUGACUGGUCUGAUAGUGACUAGAAAACACAAAAAGAAGUACACACACACGCACAGAAAAAACACACAUAGAAAACCACACAUAGGCCAAACUAGACAGGUUUGUUGUGAUUUCUCAACACGUGCAGUAUCUGAGCUACAGUACGUGUGUUAGAAUCUACAGCUGUCAUAGAGCUGGUAUACACACAUUUCUUUUGUUAAAUUUUUUUUUCUAUUGAAUUGAUGAACACCAUAUCCAUGUGUACUGUGAAGUAGAAGGGAGCAUCAGAAUGACUUCACCAGUGUAAUUUAAUGUGCUUUUAAAACUGCUGCAUAACACACUGUAAGAGGUACAAGUGUUAGAGAAAUAACACACUUGAAUGCCGCUCUAAUGAGGCAACAAUGUCUGAUUAUUCUUUACCUGCUUGUAGACUAUCUUGUAGUUUAUAGACUUGAUUUGCUUUAAAACGAGCUUUGACGCUAUCAGUUCUAAAUGUGAUCUAGUGUGUGAAUUUUUGGCAUUUCUUCCUUUAUAUUUUAUCUUUUUUCAAUAAAAAAAAGAAACCCUGAUUUAUUUUCUGUGUUUUCUCUAUGUGAAUGUUGCCCUUAAUAUUCCUGCAGAGAUUGCACAGGCCUUUAUGGAACUUAAAGCUCGGAGUUGUGACCCACAUGGACAGAAACGAAAUGGCUUUUGUCUAAAUUCAAUUUAAUCAAGUCACAAAGGUGCAAAAUUGAAAGUUUGAGCAUAUUCAUUAACCCCUUUCCUAAGUAAACUGCAGAUUAUUUAUGUUUGAUUAAAAACAAAAAGCUAUAGAAGACGUGGAAUUUUCCUCAUACUCAAGAGACAUUUUUGUAAAUAGUUAUUCGUGUUAAAGGGAUAUUCUGGCAUAAAAUUAAUUUAGGGUCAGACACACACACAUUGACAGACAUUUAUGAUAACUUCUUCAUGGAAAUGCAAUCAGACCGAGAUGCUAAGGCAGAAGAACUACAGCGUCUGCAGUGCAAAAUGAUUAAUAUGUUGAUUAUUACUUCAAGGAAAUGAUAAAGUAAUGAUCAUAAAUGUUCUUCCUUGAGCUGCAUCACCCCGCAGCAGUCUGUAAUGGACUGGCCUGAGGUCUCGCUACAAACAAGCGGCUGCUGGAAGAGAGUAGAUGAGUUGAGUUUUGUGUCUUUGCUAAAGAAAUUAGGCAAAGUUAAAAAGAUGUUCGGUGGCUAGUACUAUGGCUGGGACCCUAUAUGUACUGUUGAUGAAGUUAGGUGCUGUUCUGAUCAUUAUUUGCAGCUAUAGAGUGGCGUUUUGGUUGAGGUUUGUUUAUGGCUCCUCAGACUGCUGUGUAUUGCUAUCAUGCGCUCAUUACUAAAGUUGGUAUAAGAAGAGAAGCAAACAGUCGGCAACAUUCAUCUCUCAAGGGGGUGUCUAACUCAGUGUUACAAUGUG